ACAUCGCCGGGCCGGGUCGCAAAGCAGCUGUGGUGGACGCCUUUGCCGAACGAACCCUCUUGCUUGUUGCCUUGGCCUCUCCCAUGUCCCAUCCCAUGCUCACUCCUACGUGCAUAACCACUACCUCCAACACCAAACAGUCCGGUUCGCUAGUCAACAGCUGCUCCGUGGUCAGUAGUCGGGCCACUGUUCCAUCGUCGAUCUUGGUCGAUCUGGAUGCGAGAAUGGCGGCGACCGGCAGCACGCCGACGAUGCCGGCGACGGUGACGCCCCUGCCGGGCUACGGAUACCAGGGCUCCGCCGCGGGCGCCGAGCCUCCCCGCAGCUCCUCGGGCUCCAUCGGUACGUUCUUCGGGGUCUUCGCGGCCGUCCUGGUGCUCACCUUGCUGUCCUGCGUCUUCGGCCGGGUGUGCGCGGCGCAGGCCGAGGGCCCCGACGAGCGGUACGACUGCACGAGGCUGGCCCGGCGGUGGUGCGGGUGGCCGGCACCUCGCCGGGCCGCCGCGAAACGGGAGGCGAAGCCGCCGCCGCCGCCCGUGGUGGAGGUGCCCGCAGCGUUGCCACCGCCGGAGGAGCCGUGAAGAAGCCGCUGCCGCCGGCGGCGAGGUUCACGGACCCCUUUCUCUGUCCUCUACCCCUCUUCCGAGUUACAAUUAUUAGUAGGAAAAGUCCGAUAGGAGAAAGAAUCAAUAAGAAGGUUUGAUUAUCUGUUCUUAUUAGCGUACGUCACUCGUGAUGCGGAUUGUUUUAUAGUAGUAAUUCUUCAGCAAGGAUAUAUAAAUGCUUUGGCCUCCCAAAUUUUUUUGUGUACUCUGAUCAAAUACAGUGACAAGCACAUCUCCGAUUCGUUUAU